GCGGAUACUGUGACUGCUGCUCACCAGCGUUGAAUCCGGUAGCUUGUAUAGCCUUAAACAACUCAGAUGGAUCGAGGGACGUGGGUGGAGAAUUUAAAUACUGAUUGCCUGACCAUACUUGUUUAGACAGAUUUAUAAUGGCUUCAGUUCCUAUAUGUUCUCCACUGUCCUGUAAGGACCAGAUUCAAGUUGCUAAGAAAGUACUCAUGCAGAUUGGAAGAGACUCGGUCAACUCUUGUCUUUCAUGUCACAAGAUGUGCUUAUCGUCUUGUAGCGCCUGUCGAAUUGGAAAAAGGCAUACUGUAUAUCAUAUAGCAGAGAUACCUUUAAAAGGAAAGAGUGGGGAAAGAUCAAAUUCAUUUUGUGUGUUUAAUCUUUUCCCUUUGCCAUAUAGAAGUUCCAAAGAAGUGCCGACUCUCAAGUUUUACAGUAUGGGCAUCCGAGGGAAGUCUACUUCUGGAGGGGGACAUCAGAGGGACAAACAUGGCUCAAAUUCCUCCGGAACACCAGCAGCUAGCAUUGAGAAGCAACUUAAGACACUGGAUGCUUAUUUUAGCAAGCUUCAGUAUGACAUGAACAAGCAGCUUAACUCUUGCACAUCUGCAAGUGAUUCUGAAACUCUUCACAGCAGAAGGCACGAUAUGAUAAAUUCUUCCUCAGAAUCUAUAGGCAAAGUUACGGAAAACAUCGAUGCAACUGAUGAUUAUAAAGCAGAGACUGGUUUAAAUUCAUUGGAGAACUAUUUCGGCCAAUUAUCUGACACAAAAAAGAGCAGGUUGUCUGAUUCUCCUGCAGAUGCAUCAGAAGGAAAUCCUGUAAAAAUACCAAUCUCUGCCAUGAGAAAAAACAACGAAAAAGAAGAUGCGAUUGUGGAACAGUAUACAUUUAAGGAUGAAGGGAGUCUGGAUGAUAGAACUGACUCACUUCUGUUUGGUAAAGUUAAUACACCAAGUAUAUCAACAGAUGAUGAAGCUUCUGGUCUUUAUCUAAUAAGCUUAUUAGCUGCGAUAAAUAUUGCUGUUUUCUUAUUUGAAAUAGCAAGUCCAGUUAGUUCAGAGGUAGAGCACUUGUCGCUUCCUCUGAUCUAUGGAGCAAAGAUAAACAAGUUGAUUCUUCUCGGGGAGUGGUGGAGACUAUUAACACCAAUGUUUCUGCACUCAGGGUUUCUGCAUGUUGCUCUUGGCUGCUGGGUUCUUCUUACAUUGGGAACCGAAGUUUGUAAAGGCUAUGGCCCAUUUGCCUUUUUCCUGAUUUACAUACUUGGAGGAAUUUGUGGCAAUUUGACGAGCUUUCUUCACACUCCUGAGUUAACUGUUUGUGGUACGGGUCCGGUGUUUGCCAUACUUGGAGCAUGGCUUGUCUACCAAAUCCAAAAUAAAGAUGUUACAUCAAAGGAGGUCUCACAAAGUAUGUUUUGGCAGGCGGUGGCCGCUACUGUUCUGAGCUUUGUUUUGAGCAGCUUUGGGAGAGUCGACAACUGGGCGCAUCUUAGUGCUGCCGUCUCAGGUGUUAUCUUCGGGUUUCUUACAUGUCCGAGCGUUCAAUUCGAUGAUGCAUCCGCGAAGAGCAGUCAGAAAGAGGGCAUCGCUCUCGUUCAGAGGCAGGCCGAUCCAUGCAAGUCGCUUGCUACAUUUACCGUCUCCAUUCUCGUGUUGGCCUCCUUGUUUUUUCUGUAUGCGCCGGAGCUUCAGCUAUUGGAAUGGGAGAGCUUGUAGCGAAGGUUCAAACAAAGAUAACAAGAUCAACCGGAACUGGCGCUCGUGCUCCUCAUUUUUUACGUGAAACAGUCGCAAGAUAUAUCACGUCAUCCCUCUGUAUAUUUCUGGACACCACAUAGUGAUAGGAAGUACAGAGCUAAAAGUUCCUGCUGUUGCAGUAGGAAGCUAGCAGAUGAUGAUCCGACGACACUUGUGUUCUAUCAUCAAAGCAUAUGCCAUUUCCCUUUCUUGAUCCA